GGGCGGCGCGGAGGCGGAGCGAGGGGCGGGCGAACAGCGCGGCGCGGCGAGUUGGGCGGGCGGCUGCAGGCAGCCGCGCGUGCGGGGAGGUGGCGGGCCGCGGCGAGGAGCGCGGUUGCGGGACUAGCAGCAAGAUGCUCAAGGUAGCAGCCUUCGUUUGUGUGUGUGCAGCAGCCUGGUGCAACCCGGCGCUGGCGGCGGCCGGGGGCAGACCGGACAGCGGCAAUUUUCUGGACGAUAAACAAUGGCUCACGACCAUCUCCCAGUACGACAAGGAGGUUGGACAGUGGAACAAAUUUCGAGACGAUGAUUAUUUUCGUACGUGGAGUCCGGGUAAACCAUUUGAUCAAGCUUUAGAUCCGGCUAAAGAUCCAUGUUUAAAGAUGAAAUGUAGUCGCCAUAAGGUCUGUGUUGCACAGGAUCAACAAACUGCUGUUUGCAUUAGUCACCGAAGGCUUACACACAGUAUGAAGGAGGCUGGUUUAGGCCAUAAACAGUGGAGGGGUGGUCCCAUUUCAGCAAACUGCAAGCAGUGUCCAGUAGUUUAUACCAAUCCCGUGUGUGGAUCAGAUGGUCACACAUAUUCUUCUCAGUGCAAAUUAGACUAUCAAGCCUGUGUCUCAGGAAAACACAUCUCGGUGAAAUGUGAAGGACGUUGCCCUUGCCCUUCUGACAAAUCCACAAAUGUAGGCAGAAAUGAUAGGAGAGUGUGCAGUGACUUGGAAUUCAGGGAGGUUGCAAACAGGUUGAGAGACUGGUUUAAGGCACUUCAUGAAAGUGGAAUUCAGAACAAGAAGACUAGGAUUGUUCAAAGGCCUGAAAGAACCAGAUUUGAUACCAGCAUUUUGCCAAUUUGCAAAGACUCCCUUGGCUGGAUGUUUAACAGGCUUGAUACAAACUAUGACCUGCUGUUGGACCAGUCAGAGCUUGGAAGCAUUUACCUUGACAAGAAUGAGCCAUGCACUAGGGCGUUCUUCAAUUCUUGUGACACAUACAAGGACAGUUUGAUAUCUAACAAUGAGUGGUGCUACUGCUUCCAAAGACAGCAAGACCCACCUUGCCAAACAGAACUCAGCAACAUUCAGAAGCAGCAAGGAGGAAGGAAACUCCUAGGACAGUACGUGCCAUUAUGUGAUGAAGAUGGGUAUUACAAACCAAGUCAGUGCCACGGAAGCGUAGGGCAGUGCUGGUGUGUGGACAGAUAUGGCAAUGAGGUAACAGGGUCCAGAACAAAUGGCGCAGCAGAAUGCGCGAUUGAUUUAGAGACUUCAGGUGAUUUUGCCUCUGGCGAUUUCCAUGCAUGGGCAGAUGAGGAAGAUGAUGAAGAUGAAAUAAUAAAUGAUGAAGAUGAAGUUGAAGAUGAUGAUGAAGAUGAAGGAGAUGAUGACAUUGAUGAUGAUGAUGGAUAUAUUUGAUGAUAUUAGAUGGCCCAUAAAUGGUACCUUUCUAAAUCAACAAGACGACAUUUCAUAAAAUCCCUUUGCUCUCCAGGAUCAAAAGGAUUCUAACAAACAAGUAUAUUUUGUAUGAUAAUUUCAAACAUUGCAACUGGAGUCAUAGAUUUUUUUGUUAAAUAAGAAUAAUUAUAUUAUGUGCUUUUGAGUUUUUAAAUUCCUCUGCACUGAAAAAAAAACACAUUGGAAGUCCAGCCUGAAGAAAAAAAUGUUAAUGUGUUACUGAAAAUAUAAAUGUACAAAUGCACUGUAAAAACAACCAGGCUCUUUUAAAACCUCCAACAAAUUUGUAUUUGCCCUUACUGGAAACUGUGCAUGUCCUCUUCAUUGCACAUACUGUAGCUUAACUUUAGUUCUGUCAGUGCUUUAGGCCCUGUGGGCUUUAAAAAUUGUCCAUUUAGUCAGAAGUGUGUUACAGAAGAAAUAACUUGGAGCAUGCGUAGAGUCUCGCCAUCUUUAAUUAAGCAAAGGUACGGAGGAAAACUGUCAGGAAGGAAAAGUAAAGCUAAGUCCUCCAUUGUGUAUGCAUUUUUAGUUAUGGUUUUUAUUAGGAAAUGGCUAUGUUAUUGGAAGGUUUUUUUCAAAAGCAGUAGUGUGGACAAGCAUGAGUUCUGUAAUUUUGAAGUUUUCUUGUCCUACCUUAUUUUUUUGUUUGUUUGUUUCAUAUCAGUAUAUAGACUUUACCCAAAAACUGCUUCACCCUUUGUUGUUUCUCUGUAUCUCUCUCUAAAAAGAUUAGCGUGAAAUAUUUUACAUGGGGAAAAAAAACUUGCUUACAAUUUACCUUUGUACAUGAGUAUAUUUUCAGAGUAUUGGCACUUGCCCCAAAGUAGUUUUAAGUAACUGUAAAAUGAUACUUUUAUUAAUUCAGGAACAGUUUUGCAUCUUUAUCUUAUUUCAUGUUUUCUGCUACUAGUGCAGGAACUUAGAGAACGUAUUGUAAAGGUGCCUUGCAAAAUAGAUAUAGAGAGGUUUUAGCAUGUAUAUCAGUAUAAGAUGUUAGACAAUAGCUAAGCACACCCAGUUACCAAAUUAAUACCAGUAUAGGUACUGCUGCUGGAAUGAAGAAAAUGGGUUAUUUUGAUUCCCCCCCCACCCCCAUUGUUAUGUAAUUACCAUGUGAACUGGAUUAUAAUUAUUGUGUAGAGUAACACUUCAGAUUUAACUGUAGAGAAAAUUACUUUAAUCACUUUAUGUUAGCAUGUUAAUUAAUUGUGUAGACAUUUUGGGACUCCACCGUCUUUGUUCAUAUCAUUUCUACUGCUUUCUGUCCACAAUAAAACUGACAUGACCUGUUGUAAUGUAAUACUGGAGGUUGUAUAGUUUAAAUUUGGAUCAUGGUUUCCCAUCAUUAAUUAUAAGGAAAAAAUUAGUUUCUUCUUUUAACUAAUUUUUACACCUUAAAAAAUAAAUUUAAUAUUUAUCCUAUGUAAUAUUUAAAAGUAAAAUGCAUUUUGUUUUUUACUGUUUCUGUAUAGUUUGCAAAAUAAAGAUUCUUGUAACUGACCUUUGAACAUUAUAGCCUAUCAUUUUGACUUUUUGCAUAGUUUGAAAUUUUGAAACAGGAAGAAUUCAUGUUUCAGAUAUAUUUCACCUAUUAAAAUAUGUAUUCAUUUGUAUAAAGCCAAUUAUUAAUGUUUUAUUUCCAGUAAAGAAUUUUUGACUAGUGAAAAACCCAUAGGGAGCUUUUAUUUUUUGGUAUUUUUUCUUGCAUUUUUGAUAGCUUUGCUAUGUACUUUUAUGGCAUUGUCUUCAUUACAGUAAAGAAAGAGAUUUCUUGUCAAACUCUGCCAUAAUUUGUGGGGCAUAUUUGUGUUAUUUUCUUAAAUAAAAGUAGUUAAGAAUUUACCAUUCUAUUAUAGUGGAAUUUUAUCAAAGAACAGUUUCAUAUGGCUGAAAUAAACUGAUAUAAAGAUUGAUUUUAAAUAAAGAAGCUAAAG